UUGAAAUUGACGAACUUAAAAAGAAGUUUGCUGAGAUUAGAUUGAGAAUGAUGAGCGUAAGAAUAAGAAUGCUAGGAUCUCUGAUCUUAGAAGGAAAUAAGAGACAUGAUGUUGAAAAUGUCAAGCUCAAGGUCAGAAUCAAGAGGUUAGAGAAAAACAAGACAGAUUCUUUAGCUGAGAAUGUUGGGUGUAAUGAUGAAAUUGCUGAGUUGAAGGCCGAACUAGUAAAACUAAGGGAUGGCGAUGAGGAAAGCAAAUAG